CGAAGUUGCGGCCAAGGCGACUAAACCGUUACAACGGCGCCCGCCAACGACUCAAGAUUUACUGGGACCUCGACACUAUGGCAGACAAGGCUACUUCGGGCCUCCAAGUGAUUGUGCUGGGCGCAGGCGGAGGACCCCAAGAAUCAAAUGUGACGGCAUUUUUGGUGCGAGCUGUUUCUCAAGACUGGCGCAAGGGAUCUCUGGUCGCUGUAGAUGCUGGCGUCCACCUCUCAGCCAUCACUCGCCUUAUUCAAGAAGCAAUGCCUGAGUCUCCUCCUCCAGCACCUUACAAGCUGACUAGAGGACCCUUCGCUGGUCUUGAACUUCCCUUUGAAACUGCUGGAGCCAAUGCAGCUCAUGUAACGAGGGCACUCGUCGACACAUAUCUCAUCACGCAUCCUCACCUCGACCACAUUUCUGGCUUCGUUAUCAACACUGCUGGUCUGCCCGGCACUCGGCCUAAGAAGCUAGCCGCUCUUCCCAGCACUAUUCAAGCCCUCAAGACACAUAUAUUUAACAACAUUAUCUGGCCAAACUUGAGCGACGAAAACAAUGGCGCUGGCCUCUUGACGUACCUACGGCUUGUGGAAGGCGGCAGCCCAGCACUCGGAGAGGGCGAAGGCAAGGGAUAUCUCGAAGUUUGCGACGGUCUUCUCGUCAAGACUUGGAGUGUUAGCCACGGUCACUGUAUAGAGAAGCACAGCCAUCGCGGAUCCUCUGCUUCGAGCGCAUCGCCACGCUUCGGAAGUCACGACGCCUCUAGCUACACACCUCGCCGGGAUCCGUACAACCAUCCUAUGGCCCAGGUAACACCGCGUGGACAGACACUGAUGUCUCAAAGCACAUUCAGCAGUGGCUCCCCGAUAGGAGUAGAGCAGGAGCGAGUAUGCGUAUACGAUUCGAGCGCAUACUUUAUCCAAGAGCCCAUUACUCGAAGGGAGGUUCUCAUCUUUGGAGAUGUUGAGCCAGAUAGCAUUUCACUGAGCCCAAGGAAUCUGCACAUUUGGCAAGAGGCUGCACCAAAGAUUGCUAGUGGAUCUUUGGCUGCCAUCUUCAUUGAGUGCAGCUACGACGACUCGCAGAGCAACGAUCGACUAUUUGGCCAUCUCAAGCCUGUCUUCAUCAUAGAGGAAUUAAAGGCUUUGGCAAAUGAAGUUGAAAUCGCCAAGAAGAUAAGAAAUAAUGAGACCAGAAAACGCAAGAGAACGAGUGUCUGUAGCGACGGUCCGGACCCUCGGCGAAUUACUACGAAACAAUCCAUGGAAGAUGCCGUCUCACCUAAAUCCAUCCGUCCGUCAUUACAGGUCGCUGACCUCUCGCGGCGAGCUUCUACUGAGACUGCGGACACUCCACACCUUGCCACACCUACGGAUGAGCUUUCAUUGAGUGACAUGAUACCACCUGUUAGCAUGCCGCCUGCGUCGCAACCUCUUACCGGUCUCAAAGUUGUUAUUAUCCACGUCAAGGAAAAGCUCGCCGAUGGACCUGAACCUGGCGAUGUAAUCCUACAGCAGCUGAAAGAGUACGAAGAGCAAGCUCAUCUUGGAUGCGAGUUUGUUGUCUCCUACUCUGGGCAAAGCUUCUAUUUUUGAAUACACAGAACAUAAGGGCGGCUAUCUAUUUUGCAUUUACGGAUCGGAGUUUUUGUGUUUUUAGAUUAUGGUUCGGCAGCGGAGGUCUCUAUCACUUGAUGUAUGAUGAAAUUCUCAUAUUGACCAAUUAUUUAACGAUGUAUAUUGUUGCUGAAAAUAUCUACUAUAUUUGAUCCUGGGCCAACUCCCGCCGUCUUUGUGUAUGUUACAGCCGAGACCUGCAUUUAUGUAGCAUCUUUGGUGCCGUUCUUUAACUGUUCAAAUCCGUCUCUACCACCAAGAUCCUUUUCAAAGUUUGGUCUUGAAAUUUCAAAAGCCUCCGCAGCCCGAAGAUAUGUAAUACCUCCCAAGCGGCUCACGGGUCGAAGAAUGGCUGGGUCAACUAGCGUCUGUUCUUCAUUGAGAGCAUCCUGCCGCACCCAGAUCCGCACGCCUUCAACCACGACCAUUGUUCCCGUCACCUCACCAGGCUUGAAUCUGCUAUCCCAGUCUUUGACCAUGUCCAGCUUUGCCUCGAUACUAAAGAUGGCCUCUUUAAUUCGCGGGGCUUUGACGACCUCGCACGGCUCUGGUGUCAGGCCACUAACAUCCCAUUCGGAGAGCCCAUAAGGCGCAUCAAUGCUGCUAGCGUUGGCGGCUUCGAUGAACGUUUCCGAAAUAAUAUUAAUAACACAUUCCUUAGUCUCCAGGAGAUUUCGUAGAGAAUCCUUGGGCCGACCCGUGGCACCGAUAAAACCAAUUACCAUGAGCGGCGGAUCGUGGUUGAUCAUGUUGAAGUAGCUAAACGCGGCCAUAUUAGUCAAUUUACCGUCUGCACUACGCGUACUGACAAGUGCAAUUGGUCUCGGUGUGAUGGCAGAUAAGAUUAGCUUAUAAUUGGCGGAAGCAGACCGGUUUGGGCCAUGAGGGUCAAUGGCAAUAUGCUUUGCAUCUCUCCCGGGGUCGUCAACGUUGUUUGCACCGUCGCCAAACUUCCAAUCGGGCUUUGGCGUCCUGACGAAGCGAAAUUUCGAGGCUUCUGGGAACUCAGGGCGACUUUCUUGCACUUUCUUGAAGUCGCCGUGCGGACUCCAGACUUGCGCGCCGGCCAUUUUUGGAGGUUUGGAGGAGUAGCGACAGCAGGCGGAGGAGGACAGAGAAAAGACGGGCGGGGCUGCUUUUCCUAAUCUGGCUAAACUGUAUGUGCGCAUAACGAUAAUAGGUUAAGCAUCUGUUCUGAUUGCGAAAGAUAUAUAUGUGUAGUUAUCGAUGCAAGCUGCGCGAAUGCCGUGGUGGGUUCCCGAUCGCCCGCUUCCUAUGGCGCGAUGGUAAACUGAGGGGCACCAGCAUUAGCGACGUCAUUAGCGCGGCACUGCAGUUCGGUAGCUUCAGCAGUUGGCUGUUACGGUCUCAGGACCCUUGUAUUGAUGCAGCAUUUCGCACCGCUACGAUCGUGGCUCCGAGUCAAAAAGGUGGCCGAUGUCAACAACCACCGAAAGGAAAGAUGUCCGCUAAUCUGAGCCAACAAGCCAUGCAUUCAUGUGGGUUGCGUAUCUUCUGGCCUGCAUCGCGCUAAGCUUCCCGAGCGUGCUUUAAGGUUCGGCUUACACCCCGUGCAGAUUCGCCCGAUAAUUACGUGAGAAGGCGUAAGUCGGCACACCCAGUACCCCAGCAUAAUACGUAUGAGACUUGCGAUCGUCUCUUGGCGAAGCGUUGAUCACGCGAGCGAUGGGGCAGACACUGUCAUGGAAUUAAUAAGUUUGGAUGUAGUGGUGAGACUUACCGAUGGUGCAGUAUAUAUAAGACCCGUGGGAUGUAGCUUCUGGAACAAUGCUGUUCUUUUGAUUCUACAAGUUUUCUUCCAUUUUUUCAAAGAUUCUAGAGCAGUUUUGUCCAUCUACUCCAAUAAAACUCAAAUUUUCUCUCAUCUCUCUCCCUCUACAUACCAUAAAUCACAAUGAUGCGCAGGGCUUCAACAUCGACUGCCACAACCCCUUCCUUCAUGCUUCUCGGAGGUGUAUCAACACUUCCUAGCGCAUCUCUAGUUCGCGGUCUACAAACAAAACCCCGUCCAGGAGAUCGUCUGCACCCUGAAAUGCAAUGGGACUUUCAGUACUUUAAGUCAUACGGCGUGGCUCCUCCACGCAAAGACGCCAAGAAGGCCAAGACAAACAGUUCUUAAACAAAUGCACUGAGUUUUUACUUUGAUGCUGUAAACUGUUGGAAAUAUUGUUUUUGACAUCCUUUUCGGAUCUGGUUUUAUUUGGCGUUGGUUAUGAGAGCGAGCAUUCUUUACAUAGGAAGCCAGCACUCUCUUAUAGAGUGCGAGCAAAAUAGGAAAUAAAUUAUUCACCGCCCAAAU